AUGGCCGACGGCGGAGGCCUUGAUAAUUUACCGCAAUUGCUGCCCUCCUCGCUGCAGGAACCCCCGAACGAGCUUACAUUUUCCUCGGCCUUUUCACGCGCUGCUCGAGCCCCCGCCAUAACCGCAAGUCUAUCGGGAGUGACAGGCAUUGCGGCUUCCCAUCUGCCACCCCCACCUCUGUCGUCGCCUCCAACACCCUCGACCAUGGCCGGGUGGAUUGGCUGGUUGUUUGCCUUUUUUUUCCAGGUCGUCCCGAGCAUACUUUACUGGACCAUCACCUUCUGUACCAUUACGCUCCCGACAUGGCUCUUUACUCUCUUUUCCAUGAGCUUGACCUUCACCAUGAACUUCACGACCUUACUCCUGAUCCUGCUGGUCCUCGUCUCGACCAUCAGUUGGUUCAUUCGCUACCGGUUCCUGAACAUGUACAGCCGUCUUCCACCGGAACCACAACGGAAAGAACCCCAGCUUGACCUCUUCCCCGAUGUCCAUGAAGGCGAUUCAAAGCCCGGUCUGGCCAACUACCUCGAUGAGUUCCUCAGCGCCAUCAAAGUCUUUGGAUACCUGGAGCGACCCGUUUUCCACGAAUUGACCCGGACGAUGCAGACGCGGAAACUGAUCGCUGGAGAGACUCUCAUGUUGGAGGAAGAAAAGGGUUUUUGCUUAGUGGUGGAUGGAUUGGUCCAGAUCUUUGUCAAAUCAAUUCGGGAUCGUAAACCAGGAAUUGACGAGGAUGUGCACCUGAUGGAUAAUGAAACGUCGGACGAGGAGGGUGACAACAUUGAGGGCAAACAAGGGUAUCAAUUGCUCACAGAAGUCAAAAAUGGUGCAUCCAUGUCGUCUCUGUUCUCCAUUUUAUCACUGUUCACCGAAGAUGUUCAACUGCGCGCAUCAGAGAGCACCAGAUCAAGCACCCCCAGUAACGUUCCAAUGAGCGCAAGCACAUCUCGCGAGCACGGUUCAUUCCCUGCGAGUCCACAUGGUUCGAUGGAGUUGGAUAGUCCUUCGGCUACAACAAGAGGACGCAGCGAUUCCACCCCUCAUCUCAAUGAAAGUGGAGAAUUACCAACUGUGCCGCCGUUUAAUCUGGAUGAGAGUGCACAAGACUCUCCUCGGGGGCCCAGGAAACUGCCAGGGAAAAAAAGGCGGAAAUCGGUCCAUCCGGAUAUCGUCGCCCGUGCGAUGGUGGAUACGACGAUUGCUAUAAUCCCUGCCAGUGCUUUCCGCCGCUUGACAAGAGUCUAUCCUCGAGCUACUGCUCAAAUCAUCCAGGUCAUUCUUACUCGUUUGCAGCGGGUUACAUUUGCCACGGCGCAUUCAUAUCUGGGUCUCAGUAGCGAAGUGUUGGGCAUUGAACAACAGAUGGCCAAGUAUACGAACCACGACCUACCCAAUGAGAUGCGGGGUGCUGCACUGGAUCGUCUGAAAGAGAAAUUCAUCAAAGAAAGAGAUCGAUUGGGCCCCGAGGAGAUCACCAAAGGCAUUGCGUUGCAUAAUCCUUCUCUCGGAAGAAGACGUAUUUCCACGACUAGCUUGCGCAAGGAGGCUGCUCUUCAUGCGAAAAUGGCAUCUUCUCGGCGUCCUGCUUCGGUUGUUGGCCAGGAAAACUUGAAUAUGACUGAACGCGACACCGGAGUCAGUCCUGGUGAUUUGCUCUCUACCAUCCAGCUCUCUAGAUUCGGACCGCGAUAUGACCAUCUGGCCCCCCGACUGCAGACUCCCUUGGCAGAACGGGAACAGUCGCCUUUUCGACCACCACAUCUCCACCGAAAGGAAUCGUCCAUCGAUGAGGAUGUCCUGUUCCGGGAUGCCAUUCUCGACUGCAUCAUGAAAGGCAUCGGUCUCAGUGGUAGUACCCGUGAUGCGUUUCGCAAGAGUAGUCACUCGGGCGAUGCAUCCCCGAAACUCCUUUCGUAUGAUUCGCGGCGCCAAAAGGCCGUGUUCAGCAAUGCGUUUGGAUUUAUCGAUCCGUAUGAGGGCUCCGUAGAAGGCGAGACAGACUCGAUGAUGUCCAUGUCGGUAACCAGCGCUGGAGGCACUUCGCCUAUUGUCAACCUGAAAGAGGAGCUCCGGAGCGAUAUUGAGAUUGUCUACUUCCCCCAAGGAUCGGUUCUCGUUGAGCAGGGAGAGCGCCAUCCUGGAUUAUACUAUGUCGUCGACGGCUUCUUGGAUGUAGGAAUCCCCGUGAGCGACAAGGGAGAAGAUCUGGUUGGAACCUCCAGACCAACCUUCAUGUCCAGGCCGUCCGAGGAACCAUUCCCGACUCUCAAACGCACCACGACAGGAUCGACGCGGAGUUUCGCCGUCACCGGUGCGGCUGACGGCAAUAAGCGAAAGAAGCAAUCGCGGAAGUCGCUUUACAUGAUCAAACCUGGCGGAAUUCAGGGCUACGUGGGCGCUGUUGCAUCGUAUCGCUCGUACACUGAUGUGGUUGCCAAGACUGAUGUCUGGGUGGGAUUUUUACCGCGGUCAUCACUGGAGAGGAUCGCGGAACGGCAUCCAAUAGCUCAAAUGACAUUGGCCAAGCGGCUGACCAGUCUACUCCCGCCGUUGUUGCUUCAUAUCGAUUUUGCCCUCGAAUGGGUGCAGGUAAACGCUGGACAGGUGAUCUACCACCAAGGUGACGAAAGCGAUGCAAUCUAUCUCGUUUUGAAUGGCCGUCUGCGAUCUGUCUUGGAAGGAGUGGAUGGGAAGAUGACCGUGGUUGGUGAGUAUGGUCAAGGUGAGAGUGUGGGUGAGCUGGAGGUGAUGACAGAGUCGACCCGUCCUGGCACGCUGCAUGCCAUCCGGGCCACUGAAUUGGCCAAGUUCCCCAGGUCGUUGUUCAAUAGUCUCGCGCAGGAGCACCCGGGCAUCACCAUUCAGGUGUCCAAACUGAUUGCUCAACGGAUGCGUGACUUGGUCGAGCACCCUGUUUCGGAGAAGGGUAUGGAACAAAGCAACGCCGGUAGUGUCAAGACUGCGACGUCAACGGUCAACCUUCGCACGGUUUGCAUCCUGCCUGUUACCGCUGGCGUUCCGGUUGUAGAAUUUGGACACAGGCUGCUGCAUGCGCUGCAUCAGAUUGGUGUGACCAACGGAGUAACGUCGCUGAACCAGGCGGCCAUUCUCAACCACCUUGGUCGGCACGCAUUCACGAAGAUGGGCAAGCUCAAGCUGUCUCAGUACCUGGCUGACCUAGAAGAGAAGUACGGCAUGGUGUUGUACAUUGCAGACACCAAUGUGAAUGCACCGUGGACUCAAACAUGCAUCACGCAGGCGGACUGUAUUCUGUUGGUUGGUCUGGCAGAAUCAUCCCCAAACAUCGGAGAAUAUGAGCGGUUCCUGUUGGGAAUGAAGACAACAGCUCGCAAGGAGCUCGUAUUGUUGCAUGCUGAACGGUACUGUCCUCCAGGAAUAACCCGCCGGUGGCUGAAGAACCGGGUGUGGGUCAAUGGAGGCCACCACCACAUCCAGAUGGCAUUCCGAUUGACGACCGAACCAUCACAUCCCCAAGCCAACAAGCGCCUGGGUACUGUUCUGAAGCAGCGCGUGCAGGUCAUCCAAGCGGAAAUCCAGAAGUAUACUUCACGGCGGAUUCGCCAGACACCUCUCUACUCUGCGCACACGCCAUUCAAGGGUGACUUUCACCGUUUGGCACGACGGCUUUGCGGACGGUCCGUUGGUAUUGUGCUUGGUGGAGGUGGUGCCCGCGGUAUUGCGCAUGUUGGCGUGAUUAAGGCGCUUGAAGAGGCGGGUAUUCCUAUUGACAUUAUUGGUGGUACAUCAAUUGGUUCAUUCAUCGGUGCUCUUUAUGCGCGUGAUGCGGAUGUGGUUCCGAUGUAUGGUCGAGCAAAGAAAUUUGCUGGCCGUAUGGGCAGUAUGUGGCGAUUUGCACUGGAUCUCACUUAUCCGACUGUCUCCUACACGACCGGCCACGAGUUCAACCGUGGUAUUUUCAAGACCUUUGGUGAUAGCCAGAUCGAAGAUUUCUGGCUGGAGUUCUACUGCAACACAACCAAUCUCAGCCGCUCCCGUGCAGAAUUCCAUUCAUCUGGAUACGUCUGGCGAUACAUCCGUGCCUCAAUGACGCUAGCCGGUCUAAUCCCCCCAAUGUGCGACGAAGGCAGCAUGCUCGUGGAUGGUGGCUACAUCGACAACCUUACCGUCUCGCAUAUGAAAGGCCUAGGCGCGGACGUAAUUUUCGCCGUUGACGUCGGUUCUAUCGAUGAUAACACUCCACAAGCCUACGGUGAUUCGCUAUCUGGUUUCUGGAGCGUCGUCAAUCGCUGGAACCCGUUCUCCUCGAUUCCCAACCCGCCUACACUUUCCGAAAUCCAGGCUCGUCUUGCAUACGUCUCGUCGAUUGAUAAUCUUGAACGCGCGAAGACCAUGCCAGGUUGUUUGUACAUGCGUCCACCAGUCGACCCAUACGGAACCCUAGAAUUCGGCAAGUUCGACGAGAUCUAUCAACUCGGGUACAGUUUCGGAAAACAAUAUCUUGAAAGACUCAAGAGUGAGGGCUCGUUGCCGAUUCCCGAGGAAACGGAGGAGAAGAAGAAGUUACAGAGGACUAUGGCCCCGCGGAGGGCUAGUAUUUGA